AGUGGCCCAUAUCACAGUGCUGACCGCAGGAUAUACCACGAUAGAGACAUCCUCUGUUGUACUGUACCAAUGCUACCGGAGUGUACCGGAUAGAGAUGCCUCGUUGGCAUUUGGACGAUCUGCUCCUAUAACAACAGACAAAUCACCACCAAGUGAUCAGCCACAUCAUACAUAUAGUCAUAUCAGAGUGGUCAACUUCCCUAACAGCAAUAAUUGGCCUUCAGAUGGUUUUGGUCCCUUCUACUGUGAAGCUGUAAAAGAUGGUCGAGAAAUUACAAGGGUUACUACAUUUUUCCAGAGAAGUGAUGCUAAAUUCAUAGCAAGUGAUGGAGUGUUUACGCAGACAGUCAAUGUGAAUGACACAGGUGUGGUGAUCUCAAUGACGAAUCGAUACCAACCUGAUGCCAGUAGCAAUGUGAUUACAUGGAGGAAAGAUGGUGAUGAUGUUCUUAUACAAUUUGAUGGACAGACCAGUAUCAGCUUCCCAAACCCAAUCGAGAUAUCAGACCAAGGGAUAUAUGAGAUAUAUUAUGAUAGCGAGAGAAGUCUGAACAGAGGAGGAAUGUACAGAAUCAUUGUCAGGGAAUGUCCUGCUGGUAAGUGGGGUCCACCUGAAUGCUAUGGUAUAUGUGAUAACUGCUAUAACGGUGGUGUCUGUGAUGACAAGUCUGGUCUUUGUAUCUGUCCUAACAACUUCAUGGGAGAAAACUGUUUAGAAAUUUGCAGGGAAAAUGGAGGAAAUAAGUUUGGAUUAACGUGUGAAUUUUUUUGCUCAAGUGGUAACUCGCCCACUAGCUGUCGUGGCCUUCUGUUUUGCCUACCUGACCCUUAUGGAUGUUCAUGUGAUGUUGGUUCCCAAGGUCUUGCAUGUGAUAGUGCAUGUGAUGUUGGCACAUAUGGUCCAGGAUGCUCAAAAACAUGUAACUGUGCUGAUGUAUCAUCAUGUGACUCUUUUAGUGGAAUAUGUACUACAGGUGGAUGUCAGUCUGGCUGGUCAGGGAACAAUUGUCAAAUUCCUGAUAUAUGUGAGGCUGGUUAUUAUGGAUCUCAAUGUACUGAUAAAUGUCAUUGCAUGGAUGAUGUAUCAUGUGAUAAAACAACAGGAGCAUGUCCUGAGAAGUGUGCCUUAGGAUACAGCAUACGCGACGGUCAGGAAAAUUGUCAAGAAUGUGAAGGAGGAACCUUUGGUCUGGAUUGUCUUCAGCAAUGUCACUGUGCUCAAGAAGCCUGUGGGAUACAGAGAGGACUGUGCGAUGGACAGUGCCUUGAUGGCUGGUUUGGACCCUACUGUCAAAGAAUAUCACGCUAUGAAGUAGUAAGAGUGAACCCAUACCAACCAUCAAUCAUCACAUGUUAUGUUGAGGGGAUCCCACUUCCUGAUGCCUCAUCAGUUGAUCUUCGUCGACGUAUUGACACUGACACUUAUAACAUCACAGGAAUCACCAAGCGAUCAAGCUCUGUAUCAGGGUCAGAACGGGCUGUUCCAUUUGAUAUUGAAAGAGUUUAUCCACCAGAAGAUGGGGACUAUGUUUGUGGUCUCAUUAUAGAAAACCAGUUCUACUCAACAAGCAUUAUCAACAUUAUUAAUGCAACUUAUGUUCUUCCUGUCAUAAGUACGGCACCAUCUAUUGUCAGCACCACUUCAACUACAGUAUCUAUACAAUGGAAGACCUGGUCUGCAGGAGAAGACAUAGGUGAUCCUCCCCUUGUAGGAUAUGAUAUAUUCGUAAGAAAAGGUGGUGACUGGGAACUGGAUCAGAGAGUAGCUGACUCUAGCACUUCAGCUACUGUUAGUAACUUGACUCCUGACACAGAAUACAGGUUUCAUGUUGCAGCCGUGAGGGAAGGAGAGGGUGGAACAGGUCCAUGGUCUCCAAGGAUUGAUGCAAUCACUCUUUGUACAUCACCAAGAUCUCCCCCAGCUGGAAUACAGGUGACAGCUAACAAUCCUAAAGAACUAGAAGUUACAUGGGAGUUCCUCUCAUUGGAAUCAGCAAAUUGCAGGAGUGGUGUGACCCAUUAUAUGGUCUACUAUGCUCUCUCUGGUUCAUCGUCCACAAACUCUAGCAUAGUUUCCAAUGAUACAAGAUCCUAUACGAUAACAGGGUUAGGUACCUAUCUGGACUAUAUCAUUCAAAUAAGUGCUUCAAAUAAAGAUGAGGAAGGUGACAAGAGCAGUGAGAUAAUCGGCAGAACACUUGAAGAAGUUGCGCCCGCUCCUAUCUACGUGGCCAUACCAAGAAGUACCGAAAGUUCUUUCACCGUGUCGUGGUCAACUCCUCUUCCAUCGAAUGUAAAUGGUCGUAUUCAGAUGUACAUCGUUCGCUUCAAGCCAAGCGAUCAAGGAGAUGAUGGCGAUUAUAGGAUGGAAAAUGUGUUGACAGGUGCAUUUGAAGGAGAACAUACUGUGGCGAAUCUUCUGUAUGGUGUUAACUAUACUGUUCAGGUCCAAACUGUCAAUGGAGCUGGUUCCAGUAGCUGGUCGUGCCCAGUCCGAGCUAAGACCAUCCGUACUGGACAUAACUUUAACAUGACCAAAGUAGGCGCUAUAAUCGCAGGUGUUGCAGUACCUCUCAUCAUCAUCAUCAUCGUCCUCAUAAUUUUAAAUGUCGUCACCUGUAGGAGGGUCAAACUUAGACAUCCAGUCACCGCAUCGCCAAGAAACACUGCACAUGAGGCCUCCCCAAAGUGUGAGAACCCUGUAUUUGAUGCGUCCAUGUGCACCUGCAGAAACGUGAAUAAGGACACCUACCAAGAUCUCGAUAUCGACACCAGGGACUACCAGAACCUUAGUGACCCACAUACUUAUCAAGGGCUUAAGAAAGCCAACAUCAAUACCUCGCAUCAAAGUGUCAGCCAACCAGAGCCGGAAACCACUUAUGAAUACAUUUAGAAUCGACUCCAAUUACAGUUCCACUACCGAAUUACAGAAUGAAGCAAGUGCCAGAAGUGAUGUGCGUGUAUAUCUGUGUGUGUUGGUGGGAGGAUGCGUCUGUGUGUGAGGGUGUGUGUGUAAGAAAGUAAUAACAGAAUAUCAGUGUCAAUAAUUAAUAAAUGGGUGAGUAGGAGUAUGAAGAAUGAGGGUGUGUGUGAGUAUGGAAUGAAAAAAAGGAAUAUAAGGGUGUGAGUGUGGUGUACAGAACUAAUAUGAGGGUGUGGGUGAGCAUGGGUGUGAAGAAUGAAUAUGAGGGUGUGUGUAUAUGAGUAUGACAGUGAGGAAUAAAUAUGAGGGUAAGCAGAAUGAAUAUGGGGGUGUGGGUGAGCAUGGAUGUGUAUAAUAAAUAUAUCAGAUUGUGGGUGAGAAUGGUGAACAGAACUAAUAUGAGGGUGUGGGUAGGGAAGGUGAGAAGAAUAAAUAUGUGAGGUGCUGUGGCCGAGUGGUCUAAGGCGCCUGGCUAUACAUGGAAAGUCCGGGGUUUGAUCCCCGGCCGCGGCACAUAUGCCCGUGAGCAAAGCAUUUAAUCUACAAUGCUCUUUUAUCUUGCUUUCAAAUAAAUGGAAAUGCUAUAUGCAUUAUUGCUAACU